AUGAAACAUAUCUUGGGAGUUACUAACUUAUUGUGUGUCGCUCUUCAAAGAAAGAAUCAAGAUAUUUUGAAUGCAGUUGAGCUAGUUAGAUCAACCAAAGAAGAAUUACAAAGGUAUCGACUUGAAGGUUUUGACUCACUUUUAAAAGAUGUUACAUCCUUUUGUGACAAGUAUGAUAUUGAGAUGAUUAACAUGGAAGAUGAGUAUGUUGACCCGAAAAACAGAAGAACAAAGACCAACAUCACCAAUCGUCAUCAUUUUGUGGUCAAUAAUUUCAAUACGAUUCUCGACAUGCAAAUUCAAGAGCUUGGAAACCGUUUUAACGAGGUAACCACUAACUUGCUUACAUGUAUGAGUUCUUUGAGCCCGCGUGAUAAUUUUAGUUCCUUUAAUAAACUAAAUUUGCUAAAGUUGGCCGAAAUGUAUCCGUAUGAUUUUACCUUUGAUGAAAAAGAUAAGCUUAUCGAUGAACUCGGCCACUACAUUUCUAAUAUGAAAAAAGAAAGUCGGUUUGAUAACCUGAAUGGGGUUAGUGAUCUAGCCAAAAGGAUGGUGGAAACAAGGAAACACAUUGAGUAUCAGUUGGUCUAUCGUUUAAUAAAGUUGUCACUAGUUUUACCGGUUGCAACGACUAGUGUUGAAAGGAGUUUUUCUUCAAUGAAGCUUGUGAAGACAGAAUUACGUAAUAGGAUGGGUGAUGGAUACAUGAACGAUUCUUGCAUUUGUUACAUUGAAAAGGAGUUCUUACAAAAAGUUUCCGUUGAGAGUGUAAUGCAACGUUUUCAAAAGAUGAAAACUCGUCGUCAACAACUUUAG